UAGCAAGUAUAGAGCAAGUAUAGUAAGUAUGGGAAGUAUAGUAGGUAUAGGAAGUAUAAUUAGGCUGCAGGCGCAGGCUGUAGGUGGGCCAUACGCAGGGCCCUCGAUGAAUUACGCACCCAAAGUGGACAAGCUGACUGAGGCAGCUUGUCCGCCUGCGUGCCCACGGAUUGGGAAUGUGCACACUGCCCCGCUGUGCAAUCCAGAGUGUUUCACUUACAAAAACACUCUUGAUGUGUUUCAGAAGGUAGCCAGACAGGAAGGACUGCGACAACUCUGGAAAGGGACGAGUGCUGCUCUCGUCAUAGCUGUCCCAACGGUAGGAGUGUAUCUUCCAUGCUACGACUCCAUAUUAGCGAAAUUGGAGGAGACGGAACUUAAGGAUUCACGGUUUCCAAUAGCGCCUCUUCUCGCAGGGGCUACCUCAAGAUCCAUUGCUUGUGCCAUAGUAUCGCCACUUGAAUUGGCGAGAACAAGAAUGCAGGUGGAGGAUUUUUGUUAACAUUGAAAGGGGGGAGUAAUUAUGGUAAUGCAAAUUGUGAGGUGGAGAAUGGGGAGGAAAGAAGAAUAUGGCACUAACAAAAGAAUAUGAGGCGA